AUGGUUGGCGCCCUGCCAUCUAUAGAAUAUAUUUCCACGGGAGCCAACAGGCAGACCGCCGUCGCUGACUGGAGCCCAUGUGGUCUACUUGCCUUUGGCGCUGACUGCAACAUUGCGUUGUGGGCGCCGUCUUCUGAAAAUGCAGAGGGAAUCAAGACACUCUUAAGUGGUCAUAAGGAGGUUGUUAAAGCAGUCAAGUUUUUGCCCCAAGUGGACGGCGAAAACCGUAAACUCCUCAUCAGUGGCUCAGAUGACCAAACACUCAAGGUGUGGUCGCUGGACGCAGAGACAAAUCAAGGGGAGUGCAUCCAGACGAUACACGAUCACGCGGCACCUGUGAACUGCAUCGCCAUCCUGCGGUCCAAAAAGGCCCCUAAACAGGUUCUCCUGGCCUCAGGGGCUGCCGACGCAACCAUCAAGAUCUGGCAGUUCAGUGGUGGUCAGCUGCAGCUUCGUCAAACUAUUAAGACCGCCCCCAAAUACUUUCCCCUGUGCUUGGCUCUCACAGCACUCGACGAAGCCGAGGACGUGUUCGUUUUAGCGGCAGCUGGAACAAAGACGUUUGUGCAAAUAUUCGUCGCCGCCGCCGGCGAGGAAACAUUUGAUUUCAAGCUUCAAACUACUCUAUCAGGACACGAGGGUUGGAUACGGUCUCUGGAAUUCACAUGGGAGAACUCAGAGUCAAGCAGUGACUUGCUCCUUGCCUCGGCAAGCCAGGACAAGUACGUCAGGCUGUGGCGUCUUCACUUGGGCAAGGAGCUGCCCUCACUCGCCGCAGAGGGCUCAGAUCCUCUAAGCGGUGCCUAUCUGCCGGGUAAGUCUCCCUCGAACAAGGCCCACCGGCUUCAGUCUGCCGGCAAGGACUUUUCCAUCACGUUCGAGGCUCUUCUCCUGGGUCACGAAGACUGGAUUUACAGCGCGAAGUGGUUCACCCGCAGCGAUGGCAAGCUCCAGCUGUUGUCCGUGUCCGCAGACAACUCCCUCGCCAUGUGGGAGGCGGACAGCACCUCCGGCAUCUGGGUCAGCAUAGUCAGGCUGGGCGAGAUCAGCAGAGAAAAGGGCGCGACGACGGCGACGGGUAGCAUCGGCGGCUUCUGGACGGGUCUCUGGGCUCCGGACGGCAAGUCCGUCGUCUGCCUCGGCCGGACGGGCAGCUGGCGCCGCUGGGUUUACGAUGACGAACGCGACCAGUGGAGGCCCGCCAUAGCCGUCAGCGGCCAUACCAGGACCGUGACGGGUAUCGCCUGGUCACGCGACGGAGACUACCUCAUGUCAACGAGCUCAGACCAGACCACCCGCCUCCACGCCCGGUGGAGGCGCGGUGAUACCGCUGACGACCACCGCUCGUGGCACGAGAUGUCCCGCCCCCAGAUCCAUGGCUACGACCUCAACUGUAUCGAUACCCUCGGCGCCUCACAGUUUGUCUCGGGCGCAGAUGAGAAGCUCAUGCGCGUCUUCAGCGAGCCGCGCGCCGUCGCCAAAAUGCUUCAAACCCUCGGCGGGAUCGAGACCGAGGCGCCCGCAGAGUCCAUGCCCGACGGCGCCAACAUGCCCGUCCUAGGCCUCUCCAACAAGGCCAUCGACGCCGUCGACGAUGAUCAGGAGGUCCAGGCCGACGACCAGUAUGACCGCGAGGCCGUCGACCCGGCCACGGUCGUUCGCAAGUCCAUGCUCGAUAUCGACCAUCCGCCCUUUGAGGAGUCCCUUUCACGACACACCCUCUGGCCUGAAACGGAGAAGCUGUACGGCCACGGCUACGAGAUCUCCUGCCUGGCCGCCAGCCACGACGGCAGGCUCGUCGCCAGCGCCUGCAAGGCGAGCUCCCUCAACCACGCCGUCAUCCGCGUCUUCGAGACGGAGCGCUGGACGGAGGUCAGGCCGCCGCUGGCGGCGCACACCCUGACCGCCACAAGGCUGCGCUUCUCCUCCGACGACCGCUUCCUCCUGAGCGUGGGCAGAGACCGGCAGUGGGCCGUCUUCGAGCGCGGGGCCGACGAACAGCAGCAGUACUCCUUGCUCCAGGCGAAUCCCAAGGGCCACACGCGCAUGAUUCUCGACGCCGCGUGGGCUCCUCUGUCCGCGAGCGGUGGUGCCAGCAGGGUCUUUGUGACGGCGGGACGUGACAAGAACGCAAAGGUGUGGGUUGGCAAGGCUGUGGAGAAAGAAGGCGUAAGCAAGACCGAGUUCACCCUGGCUUCGAGUAUUGCUUUCGACGGGCCCGUUACGGCGGUCGACUUCCUCGGCAGACGGGAUGCUGGCGGCGAGCUCGUCCUCGCCGUCGGCACCGAGUCUGGCAAGAUAUCUCUUUGCACGCUGGCCCCUGAGACGUUCCAGCCGGCCAGCACACUCCAGCUUGCGUCGAUCCUCUGCCUCCCCAAACCCGUUUCCCAGCUCGCCUGGCGGCCAUCAAAGAGUGAAGGCAACAUAGACGAAUUGGGCAUUGCUGGCGAAGAUAGUUCCCUGAGAGUAUACAGGUUCACCGGACUAGGAGCGCCGUCCCAGUUCGACGAAUGA